AUGCCGAUCGAUAAGAGUUGGACGACAUUAAGGAAGCGUAACUGUGAUGCUUAUUGGAACGAUCCAGUGGAGGCUCAUGUCUUUGACAAGGGUUUUCAACAGAGUUAUCAAAAGUGGGUUUACCACGGUGAGGUGGAAGCUAGUGUCGCCAAUGAGGUAGUUGAGGAGAAUGAAGAUGUAGACAAGAUGGUUGACGUCGUUGAUGAUUUCCUCAUACUGACAAAUGCAGAGGAAGCAGAUGGUGUGUCUGGCAGUCGAAUGGGACAAUUAAAGCGAAUGUACAGUUCAAGACAUACAGCUAAUGACAUGUUAUGGCAUCAUACUGGGAGAUCAAUAGAAUAUGGGGUGAUGCGUCAUCCGGUUGACGGGUCUGCAUGGAAAGACUUUGAUGCCACCCAUCCUGAUUUUGCAAAAGAUCCUAGAAAUGUUCGUCUAGGCUUGGCUGCUGAUGGGUUUAAUCCUUUUUGGCAACAUGAGCUUAUCAUACAGCAUGUGGCCUGUGUGGAAACAAAAUUUAAUCAGCCUGAUCGUAACGAAGAUGCACCGUAUGUGAAUCGACACCUCACAGUGUUUGAAUCUCAAUGUCGUCCUCUUAGUAAGGGAAUUCCCGUGCCCCUCGAUGAAAAUACUUGGAAUAAAGCUGAGUGGGAACACCUAACUGAGGUGCAACAAAGAGAUAUGGCUGCCAAUCAUAAAUUGAUAAGAAAGAGUUUCGUUCAUGGUUUCAUAAGAAGAAUCCCAACUAAAAAAAAGGGUCGUGGCGCAGCUAUUGGAAAAGAUCUAGAGGAGAGGCGGCGUAAAAAUGGAAAACCACUGAAAGUAACGUUUUGCCCACGAACGUACAAGGUUGUUGGGGGCGAGCACGCUGCUUUUGUCCGCCUUGUGGGAACCCAAAUUAAAACGAAAGUUCCCGAACAUUACGGUUCAUGGGAAUUAGUGCCUAAACAAUACAAGGAUCAGGUCCUUGGCAUAAUUCAGUACUAUUAUCAAAUAGCGGGCCGCGAGGAUUUCUUAAAGUGUUUAGAUGGUAUCGAUCGAGAGAUGAAAGACCGAUACCGUAAUAGGAAAACACUAAGACACGAACACUUUGAGAAACACUACAAGGGACCGGAGGAUUGGGAUAAGGUUCUAAACAACCCAACCAAUGAUGUUAACAAGGAGGAGUGGAAGCAGAUCUGUCAGUUAUUUACAAGUCCACAAUUUAUUGCGCGCUCCGUAAAGAAUAAGGAAAAUCGGAAGAAACAAAAGUAUUCUACAACGCAGGGUACAAAAUUGCUGGCAGCCGUCCGUUUUGAAAAAACGAACCCGGACCUCAUUGAGUCAUGGAAGGAUUAUCAUUGGAAGAAAGCAACAAAUGAUUUCGUGAACGAUGAUGCUCGCCAAGAUUAUGAAAAACUGAAGGCUGAUUUUGAGUUACAAACUCAGCAAACAUCCACUGAUGCUUCUAAUAAUGAUAGUCCGUCAUCAGUUGAUCAGGUGGAGGUGUUACAAAAAGUAUUAGGCCAAAGGCGUGGACAUGUGCGAGGAGUGGGCCACAAAUUGAAGGGGUCGGGGUCGGGGUCGAGGUCGGGGUCGGGGUCGGGGUCAUCAUCUACCCAACACUCUCACUUCAGCGAGUCUCAAGUUCCUCCUCAUCAUUCAAGAGAAUAUAUAGAAAAAUUGGAGAAUAAUCUACAGAAAUUGACUGAUCAAGUUAAUUUCUUAACUCAAUAUUUUGUACCUUCAUUUCGUCCACCAAACGUUCAGAUGCCGCCUGUGCCUGAUAGUGACAAUAUUUCUAGGGCUUCGUCUUCUCAACCUCCACCUCCAGCUCCAACUCAUCCUUCUAUGUACGGGGCAGCGCCAUCUCAACAUAUGGUACCUCCAUAUAUGUACGGAGCAACACUUUAUCCGUGUCCGAUUCCACCGUCCUCCCAGCCGACGUAUCCCUACAUAGAUCAUGAUAGGUUGUGGCAAGAUCUUGUAUGA